GACAAAAUGGAGUGAGGAAACCCUACGGGGGCGAAAAGUAGCCACAACUUAGCUUACAGUCGACCAUUUUCAGCCAAGUUGAUUCUCCAAAUGAGCAACAUCCUUCGAGGCAACCCCCAAAUUUGGAGCGAACGCCAUUAGAACCGCGUCAUAUCCCUUUGGUUGGUUUGCUCUUUCCCCGGUUGACGAUGCUUCGUUAUUACAGUUGCCAUUUAAGCAGUUCGUUCGAGCGCCUUUCCCCGCAACGGUUAGUAACGACUAGCUAGCGAGAGCUAGGGGCAAACAUUCAAUCCCCCCUUCUGUGAUGAAUAUAUAAAUGGAAGCUCUGACGUAUCCUCAGAGAGCCUCUACUGUUCCGUUAGCUUCCCCAUCACGACGAGAACCAAAGCGCUCGCUGCCCCCCACCAGCUAAUGCCAAUUCUACUUUCCCAAAAUGAACGAGCGAAUUAUAAAGGAAAAAUUAAAAGCCUCAGUUAAUCACCUGAACAAAAGGAGGCUAAAGUUUGACGUGAAAAUAUUCCCCCUAAAAAAAACGGUGUACGAACUUUUUAACAUUUUCUCCAAAGAAUUAAAAAGGAAGUUGAGCCAAACUUUGGUGGAGCUAAAGAAGAGGAAGAAGAGGUGCGACAUUUGCUCGGCACGAGUUGAUGUCUUCACGCCGUUUCUCGCGUAUGAGAUUGACGUGAACAACACGACGUUUUGGAUUCGCAGGAUAGAGGUAUACUGCCCCAAAUGCCUCGAAAUAAAAAACUUCUCCCAGUUCUCCCGCGAGCUCUACCAAAAUGUGGGCGCCGGGGAGCUCCUCAACUUCGCCCCCAUGUACGAGCACUACUAUCAGGUGAACGAAUUAGAUAUGCAUCAGAAGAAUAUCCUCCAAAACGACAUAAACAACUACUUCUGCGUCUCCGUGCUGGCCAAGAACCUAAGGUGGACGUGCUCCACGCCGCACAGCACCUUGGAUGAGUUUCUAGCGUUCUCACUACGCGGUUUAGAGGCAGAAGAGGGGACCACAGUGAACGAAGAUGUGACGAAGAAGAGAAAAACAGAGGAGCUAGCAGCAGCCGAUAUUUUAAACAACGCCAAAAGGAAGAAGAUUCUCAGUACGUAGUGGUACUAAAAGAAAUGGAAGUAAAAAGAGAUGACACACCUAAGUGUUUUUUUUUCCUCCAUCACUGAAUUGGGCGCAAAAACUCGUGGCGGGGAAGUGACUCACUCGUCCGAGCCUUCCCGCAGAGCUACUACCAUGCAAGAGCCCAACUGCGAACGCUUCGCAAAAGGAGGGCGUACCCAUGGGCAGGUAAUCUUUCCGCCGUUAUGGCAACCCGUUUGCAUGUUUCGUUGUUUGGAUCAUUCGUUUAUUUUAUAUAUAUUUUUUUUUUUUUUUGCUAGUU